UGCGAGGAAGAGAUGCGAGGAAGAGAUGCGAGUGAGACGAGUCUGUCGGAAGGAAGCAAACAACCAAACGACAGGAAGCAUCUGACACAUCUAAAGUGAGCCGCGAGCCCUUACGGAGCGGGACAAGCGCGAGCGCUGAGGGUGGACAUCGGAAGUAAGCCGAGGAUUGACUUCAUCCGCAUCCGCGUUUCAGAGGGACUCGUCCGCCUCCGCCCCUGGUGAAGUAGAGAGUAAACAGAUGGAGAAACAGGCCGGAGCUGCCGGGGCGGCGGACGGAGCAGGGCCGAGCAGAAAGCCCUGGGGCACGCCGACCGGCGGACCCGCCACCGGUGAACCCCUGGACAGUCCAACAGGUUCUCAUGUGGAGUGGUGUAAACAGCUGAUAGCAGCCACCAUCUCUAGUCAGAUCUCAGGAUCAGUCCCAUCUGACAUCACCAGGGACAACAAGGCUAGGAGAAGACCAGAUUUCAUGGUUUCCAAGAGGCUGACUCCCAGGAACCUUCCGACCUUGAGAUACGGGGCGCAGGUCACCAUGUUCCAGAACCAGGUUCCUCUGCUACCAGGAGAGACCGUCCAGACUACAGUCAAGGAUGUGAUGUACAUCUGUCCGUUCAGUGGUCUGGUUAAUGGAACCCUGACCAUCACAGACUACAAGCUCUACUUCACCAGAGAGGAACGGGAGUCUCCGUUCGUUCUGGAUGUGAACCUGGGAGUCAUCAGCAGACUGGAGACCAUCAGUGUUCCCAACCAGGGAGAGAACACCAAAGGACUGGAGCUGGUCUGCAAGGAUAUGAGGAGUCCCAGGUUCGCCUACAAGACGGAAGAAGGCCACCCGGACGUGGUGGAGCUGCUGGCCAAACAUUCAUUCCCGCUCUCCCACAACCUGCCCCUGUUUGCCUUCCUCUACAAGGAGCAGUUCCCCGUGGAGGGCUGGAAGGUGUACGACCCGACGGCGGAGUACAGACGUCUGGGCCUCCCUAAUGAGAGCUGGGCCAUCAGUAAGAUGAACAGCACCUAUGAGCUGUGUGACACCUAUCCCUCCAUCCUGGUCAUCCCCACCCACAUCACAGAGGAGGACGUCAGACGGGUGGCUGUGUUCAGAGCCAAGCACCGCAUACCGGUCCUGUCCUGGAUCCACCCGGAGUCUCAGGCUACCAUCGUGCGCUGCAGCCAGCCGCUAGUCGGACCGUCGGACCGCCGCUGCAAAGAGGACGAGCGCUUCCUCCAAAUCAUCAUGGACGCCAACGCCCAGUCCCACAAGCUGACCAUCUUUGACGCCCGCCAGAGCAGCGUGGCAAUCACCAACAAGGCGAAGGACGGAGGGUACGAGAGUGAGAGCUUCUACCCAAACGUGGAGCUCAACUUCCUGGAAAUCCCCAACAUCCAUGUGAUGAGGGAGUCCCUGAGGAAGAUGAAGGACAUGGUUUACCCCACCAUCGAUGAAGCCCACUGGCACUCCGCUAUCGACCAGACACACUGGCUGGAGUACAUACGGCUUUUAUUAGCAGGAGCAGCAAAGAUAGCGGACAAGCUAGAGUCGGGGAAGACGUCGGUGGUGGUGCACUGCAGCGACAGCUGGGACCGGACCGCCCAGCUCACCUCUCUGGCCAUGCUGAUGCUGGACAGUCACUACCGCACGCUCAGAGGGUUCCAGGUUCUGAUGGAGAAGGAGUGGGUCAGCUUUGGACACAAGUUUGCAGCUCGUGUGGGUCACGGCGACGAGAACCACGCCAACUCAGAGCGCUCGCCUCUUUUCGUCCAGUUCAUCGACUGCGUGUGGCAGAUGACUCGACAGUUCCCAGCAGCCUUUGAGUUCAACGAGCUGUUCCUGAUCACAGUGCUAGACCACCUGUACAGCUGUCUGUUUGGUACAUUCUUGUAUAACAGCGAACAGGAGAGAGCGGCUAAGGAGGUGCAGACCAACACCGUGUCCCUGUGGUCCUACAUUAACAGCCAGCCUGAGGACUUCACCAACCCCUUCUACGUGGACUAUGAGCACCACGUUCUGUGUCCGCUGGUUUCCUCCAGACAUCUGGAGCUGUGGACGGGCUACUACGCCCGCUGGAACCCGCGCAUGAGACCACAGGUGCCGGUGCACCAGACGCUGAAGGAGCUGCUGUUCCUGAGAGCAGAGCUCCAGAGGAGGGUGGAGGAGCUGCAGAGAGAGGCCACCUCCCGCUCCUCGUCCUCCUUCUCUGAACACUCCCCCACACACACCGCAGGAACUCCGCUGCACUCUGCUGUCUGACAGACACACACACAAACACAAACACACACACACACACACACACAGUUUAACGCAUGUUUUAGCCCAACUACUACAAAAACAGAUGUUUACAAUGUAAAGGAGGCUUUCACAAAGAGAUUUGAAUAACCUUCUUAAAAAUACUUUUAGCAAAGUGAAAUGACCUCCUGGAGAUGUCUUUAAGGUUAAAUAAUGUAUUUCUAGAAAGUAUUAAAAACGUACGGAGCCCCUAGUGGGACAAAUGGGAAGAACAAAGAUGUAUGUGUGGGGGAAAAAAGAUAAAAUAUUCUUUGUUUGUCCACCGACAAACUUUUAUGACUGUUGCGGUAGCUUGGAAAAAGUUAUAUGUAGCACUGAAUCUGAUGAAUUCAGUGUUUAUCAGACCACAAAUGAGACAAGAAUUAGCUAGCUAGCUACAGCAGCUAACUGAAGGUCCAUCUCCAGAGCUACCGAGCACAAGCUAGCUAGCCAAUUAUUGUCUCUGUGGUGGUCUGAUAAACACUAAAAUCAUCAAAUUCAGUGCCACAUAUCGCUAUUUUCGAGCUUCUGUAGCUGUCUCAGACUCAAAAUGAAAAAGUAUUUAUUGUUCUUUUUUUUUUUUUUUUUUUUCAAGUCCCCUUAGAGGCUCCGUAGAAACUAGCCUGACACAAAUGCCUGUGUUUAUUAUUUAUAUUUAAAAAAGAAUCUCCAAAUUCCUUAAGACCAGCUUCCCCAAUACUGUGGGAAUAUUACAUUCAAUUCAUGAAUGAAUGAAGAAUUACUACAAUUUAUCUCAGGGCUCACUUAUUCACGUGACUGAAAGCUGCCAGUAACCUGUUACAAAGAAUGUAGAUAAAUUAAACACCUUCUCUUCCUUUACUUUGUUAGGGUUCUUAGAAUCAUCAUUACGUGAUUAAAACCACAGUUCUCUCCAAAGUCAGGGGCGGGAAAAAAAUUAAGAGUUUAUUUUUUGGAACGGGAACCACAGAAGAAAGAAUUACGAUCCUGGCACCGUUGGCCUCACCUGCUACGUGUUUACUCUUAUUUGUAUAUAAAAAUAGCCUUUUUCUGUUUUAUUUUUCUUUCUUUGCGUUGCCUUUCCAUGCAUCAAUCGUGUCACUGGUUCCCCAUCCCCCCCACCACUUUGUCGUGUACUGUAAAUCUUUUGCAUAUCUACAGAUAUGUAGAGCGGCCCAGACUAGUUAGAAAUAAGCACACAUCGAGUUUAACCCUUGACCUCUUAUCUAUCAGUCGUCUAUUUUUACAGUGUUCAUCCCCUUUUUUAUCCAAUGCUAUUAACCCUACUAACACACUGUCUACCUGUGGCAUGCGAUCAUGCAAAUCUUUUUUUUAUGUACAUAAUGUGUCUUAAUUAUGAGAAGUUAAACUUCCAAUUUGAGCCAUAAUCACUUCUGACAUUCCAUUUUAAAAAAUAAAAAAAGGGGAAGA